GCUGGUCAAAAUCUUCACAAUUAAAUAAAUACAAGAAUGAUUUAAUUGGAACUUAGUUUAAUAUCCUUGACUCUUGUGAUGUUUUUGAUAGAUUGAUGCUAGAUUUGUUUCUAUAUAAAUAAUAAAUAAAAACAAACAGUGUUAGCAACUCGGAUUUUUGAGCCAUUUUUUCAACUAUCACGUUCUUUUUUCUCUGAUUUUUUUUCGAUUUGGGUUUUGUUUAGAAUUCAAAUUCUGGGGUUUGUGAGGCAAAAAGGUUGGAUCUUGUGAGGAUUUUGAUCCGAUCAAGAAAGGGAGGAUAAAGACGUAGAGUGAAAGUAACCCAGAAAAAGGGUUUUGAGCAUUGGAGAAGCAGCUGAAAGGUUUAACAACUUUUGUUUUUGGGUCAUCUGAAAAAGUGCUUAUUGAGUUUCGGUGCUUAUAGCUUUUCUGGUGAGCUGUGAAGGUUCUGCUUUACUGGGUUUUGGGUUUUGGUGUUUUCAGCUUCCCCAAGUUGGUUGAGGAGGUUUUGAAGUUUAGUGGGCGAGAAGUCAGAGGAAUCUGGAUUUAGUUGAGGUUGGUUUUCUUUAGAGGCAGAGAUUGAAAAAGGGACUUGUGGUUUAAAUUGACACCGUGGCAUUGAGAUGGGGGGUCAAUGCUUCAAAUUCAUACCAUGUUGCUGGAAUUCACAAAUGAAGGCAGCGGUUCUCGAAACUCCUGACAUUGAUAAUGAGGAGAAGAGCGAGGUUGAUAACUUACCUGCAUUUCGUGAAUUCACAUUUGAGCAACUUAAAAAGGCAACAUCUGGUUUUGCCGUGGAGUAUAUUGUGUCUGAGCAAGGAGAGAAGGCUCCAAAUAUUGUUUAUAAAGGGAAACUUGAAAAUCAGAAGAGAAUUGCUGUUAAGCGCUUCAAUAGGAUGGCCUGGCCCGAUGCUCAGCAAUUUUUGGAGGAAGCAAGAUUGGUUGGUCACCUCCGCAACCAUAGAUUGGUCAAUUUGCUUGGUUGUUGUUGCGAAGGUGAUGAAAGGUUGCUUGUGGCGGAAUAUAUGCCCAAUGAAACACUUGCAAAGCAUCUUUUUCAUUGGGAUGCACAGCCUAUGAAAUGGGUAAUGCGAUUAAGGGUUGUGUUACAUCUUGCACAGGCUCUAGAAUACUGCACAAGUAAAGGGCGUGCGCUUUAUCACGACCUUAAUGCUUACAGAAUUUUAUUCGAUGAGGAUGGCAAUCCUAGAAUAUCCACCUUCGGACUGAUGAAAAAUAGUAGGGAUGGGAAGAGUUAUAGUACAAAUCUGGCAUUUACUCCACCUGAAUAUAUUAGGAAUGGGAGAGUAACACCAGAAAGUGCAAUAUAUAGCUUUGGGACUCUCUUGAUUGAUCUUCUCAGCGGAAAGCAUAUCCCCCCUAGCCAUGCCCUAGACCUGAUUCGGGACAGAAAUCUUCAGAUGCUGACAGAUUCUUGCUUGGAAGUACAGCUUUCUAAUGAUGAUGGUACUGAGUUGGCACGCUUGGCUUCACGAUGUUUACAAUCUGAACCCCGAGAGCGACCAAAUCCAAAGUCAUUAGUUGCUUCUUUGACUCCUCUUCAGAAAGAAGAUGAGGUUCCUUCUUCUGUUUUGAUGGGUAUCCCACACGGUACCUCCGGGUCUUCUCUUUCACCGCUUGGCGAAGCCUGCACAAGAAGGGAUUUGACUGCUAUACAUGAGAUCCUAGAGAGUAUCGGCUAUAAAGAUGAUGGAAUGACAAAUGAGCUCUCGUUCCAAAUGUGGACUGACCAAAUGCAGGAAUCAUUAGAUUCAAAGAAAAAGGGGGAUUCUGCUUUUAAGCACAAGGACUUCAGAACCACGAUUGAGUGUUAUUCACAGUUCAUUGAUGUUGGAACGAUGGUUUCUCCAACAAUUUUUGCCCGGCGUAGUUUGUCUUAUCUCAUGAGUGACAAGCCUCAGAAUGCUAUAAACGAUGCAAUGCAAGCACAAGUAGUUUCCCCAGUUUGGCACAUUGCAUGUUAUCUUCAGGCUGUUGCCCUUUCAGCCCUUGGAAUGGACAGUGAAGCUCAAGCAGCACUUAAGGAGGGUACUACGCUUGAAUCCAAAAGGAGUAAAGCAGUUGGACAAAAGUGAAAAUCUAGGCCGCUCGACCAGGUGCCCAGUUUUCCACUUCUUUUGGUUUAAGACCUUAUGAAUUCCUUUGACAAAAUGGAAAGGAAAAAUAGAAAGUUGUUAAAAACAGUGGUAGGGAGGAAAUCGUUCAGAAGCUUUAUAAUUUGUGUACAGAAAGCAUAUAGGAUUCCUACUUGGAUAAAUAAAUAAUAAUUAUUAGUUUUUCAAACGU